AUGGAGAAGGCAGGCGAGCGGGCCUUCCUGGAGCGCUUCCAGCUGAGUCCGCCAGAAGGUUUCGAGCAGGUGAGCAAUGACUCGGCGGCUCCCGAAAGAGGCAGCCGCGAGGAUGUCCUCGCAGCCGUGCGCAAGGACGGAUGGGCCCUCCAGCGUGCUCCAGCUCAUCUGCAGGCCGAUCGCGAAGUGGUGCUGGCUGCAGUCGAGCAGGAUGGCUGGGCGCUGCAGUUCGCCGCCCGGGAGCUCCAUGGCGAUCGCGACCUUGUUCUGCGGGCCGUGAGGAAGGAUGGCUGGGUGUUGUCGCUGGCCUCCACCCCGUUGCGCGCGGACAAGGAGGUCGUGCUGGCGGCUGUGGGUCAAGAUUGGCGAGUCCUCCGCAUCGUUCCCGCAGACCUCCGGGCGGAUCGAGAUGUCGUGCUGAAAGCUGUCCUGCAGGAGGGCUGGGCUUUGGAGUUUGCAUCAGCUGAGCUGCAGGCGGACCGAGACGUCGUCUUGGCUGCAGUCAACAAGACGGGAGAGGCCCUACGCUACGCCCGGCGGUUCUGCGGCGACUACGAGGUUGCUUUGGCGGCCGCGCAGAACUGUGGCUUGGUCCUGGCCCUCUUGGAGCCAGAUGUGCAGGACCUGCCCCUUGUCCUGGCAGCGAUCCGGCAGGAUGCCCGGGCCAUGGACUUCGUCGAGCUGCGCCUGCGCCGCGCAGUGCAGGAGGCCUUGGGAUUGCCGUACUGUCCCUGGGUAUCGGCAGGUCAGGGCCAAGAGUCGACACCAUCCACGGCCAGGCUGGCAGAUCCAGCCUUGAAGCGCCACUUGGAACAGCUGGGACUCCCAGAGACAGCUUCGGCCGAGGAGAUCCGGCAGGGCUUCCGGAGAUUGGCCCUGAGGUAUCAUCCAGACAAGAACAGUGAGAAGGAUGUCGGAAAGGCGACCGAGGCGUUCCAGCGCAUCAGCGGGGCCUACGCAGCACUGAAGGAGGCGCUCGGAGAAUGA